AUGCAUUCCUACGCCGUUCUGGCCGCGGUGGUAGCACCUUUGGUGCUCGCUGCUCCAGCACCAUUUCCAAAUCCCGUAGCAGCACCAGCACCAGCGCCGAUUCCUGCUCCAAUUCCACAAGGUGUUGAGAUAAAUCCAAUCACCGGACUUCUGGGAAGUCUAAUUGAGGGAACACUGACUCUGGGGAGUCUUUCCUCGGCUGUACCUGCAGUGAUUUCGGACUUGGGAAAUCUCCUCGACGCUGCAGGCGCUGUAACUCAGGCGAUUGAGAAUGGUACACUUCUAGGAACCGAUACUCCAGCAGUCGUACAGAAGCUCUUCCAAGCGGUCCAACCCACGUCUACGCCAACUAGUGUUCAAGAUGCGAUGAACAAAGCAGCUGCAGCUUUUGGAGUCUCAAGUGCUAGCCAAACGCCAGCUCCUGAACAGGACAUUUUAGCGAAUGUUUUGACUCUGGUUCUUGAUGGUUUCACGUCUAGUGAUAUUCAAGCAGUGGCAGCGGGGACUUCGCCAUUUACCAACAGCUACAAUAAUGUCAACCGCCCCGUCCCGCUGCUAAAAAUUUUCUACAACACCGUCAUAGGAAACGCCCCCUUCAACGUCCCGGAAGCACAACUCCGAGCUGCAAUGUACAUCCCAUCAACUUUCACCUGGGGCAAAAAACAGCCCGUCCUAAUGUCUCCCGGCACCGGUGCUACUGGAGGAAUCAAUUUCGAAACCAACAUCGGCAAACUGCUCGCCCAAGAAAGCUUCGCUGACCCCGUCUAUCUCAACAUCCCCCAAGAACUCCUCUCCGAUGCCCAAGUAAAUGCUGAAUACGUCUCCUAUGCCCUCCAAUACCUCUACGCCCUCACCUCCAAGAAACCCGCCAUCGUAACAUGGUCCCAAGGAUCCCUCGACGCACAAUGGGCCUUCAAAUACUGGCCCUCGGUCCCCAAAAUCGUCACAGACCACAUCGCCAUCUCCCCCGACUACCACGGCACCGUACUAGCCUACAUCCUCUGCCCCGGCUUCGCCGCCGGAGACAGCAUCGCAUGCGUCCCCUCCGUCAUCCAACAAGACUACAACUCUAACUUCGUCACCAAGCUCCGCAGCAACGGCGGCGACUCCGCCUACGUGCCCACCACCACCGUCUACUCCCUCACCGACGAGAUCGUGCAGCCGCAGGAGGGGACCGCCGCUUCGGGCUACCUGAACGAUGCGCGUAAUGUCGGCGUCUCGAAUACGUUCCUCCAAGGCGCGUGUCUGGCUGAGCCGGCGGGCGGGUUGUAUACGCAUGAAGGCGUGCUGUAUAAUCCGGUCGCGUAUGCGCUGGUGGUGGACGCGUUGCAGAAUUCGGGGCCGGGAAGCUUUAGUCGGGUGGAGGGGCAGUGUGGUGCGCUUGUUGCGCCGGGACUGAGUUUGAGUGAUGUUAUUGCGACGGAGGCGCUGACUCCGUUGGCGGUGUUGAAUAUUUUUAGUUAUUUGCCAAAGGUGUUUGUCGAGCCGGCUAUUAUGAGUUAUGCUACUUAUUGA